AUGAGUCCAAUCGUGAAUUCUGAUGUAAUCGUGAAGAGCCCAAUAGUGAAGAGUCCAUUAGUGAUGAGUCCAAUCGUGAAUUCUGAUGUAAUCGCGAAGAGCCCAGUAGUGAUGAGUCCAAUCAUGAAUUCUGAUGUAAUCGUGAAGAGCCCAGUAGUGAUGAGUCCAAUCGUGCAUCCUGAUGUAAUCGUGAAGAGCCCAAUAGUGAAGAGUCCAUUAGUGAUGAGUCCAAUCGUGAAGAAUCCUGAUGUAAUCGUGAAGAGCCCAAUAGUGAAUAGUCCAUUAGUGAUGAGUCCAAUCGUGAAUCCAGUUGUAAUCGCGAAGAGCUCAAUAGUGAAGAGUCCAUUAGUAAAGAGUCCAAUCGUGAAGAAUCCUAUUGUAAUUAUGAACAGCCCAAUAGUGAAGAGUCCAUUAGUGAACAGUCCAAUCGUGAAGAAUCCUGCUGUAAUCGUGAAGAGCCCAAUAGUGAAGAGUCCAUUAGUGAUGAGUCUAAUCGUGAAGAAUCCUAUAGUAAUCGUGAAGAGUCCAUCAGUGCAGAGUGCAAUCGAGAAAAGUCGAGUUGCACUUGUGAAAAGUCAUUGA